AUGCCAUACCAAAUUCCUCUAAUACUAACAUCUCGUGAUUCCCAUUCAUAUCAUGCUAUAAAUGCUAAGCUCGUUAUUCUUGAUCUUCUUGAUGCCAACACAUUAUUGAAUAUCCACAAGAGCAUUCAUGCAAGGAAUAACUUUUCCAGAUAUUUGCUUGAACUCGUCCUGCUAAAAUCCACUGAUUUUGUCAAAGUACACAUUGAUUGGCUUGGAGAUGUGGAGCACAUCGUCGGUGUGGGGACUUCCUCGUCAACCAAUAAUGCAGAAUCUCGUUCCGCCACUGAUUUUGCUGCCUCCAAGUGGGAAGAGUCCACUCUCUCAACAAUGAAUGUUGAUUUGGAUUGGAUGGGCACUAGGAGCCUCUUUAUGGCUAAGACCCACAUUGGUUCCAUCAACCUACGAAUUGUGAAUGAUUUUGUUUGUGUGAACAUGUUGUGGGCCUUUGGUUCUCUGCGUGUGUUCCUUUGCAAUUAUGUGCUCCAUGCUUUGGGAUUUGUGCUCAGAUAUAUCUUCAGGUUUCUUCAUCUGGGAGAUGAAAAAGAUGAGGCUAUUGUUCAGAAACAACCACACGUUGAGAGCAACCAGUUUUCUGAUUCUGAGAUUGAUGGGUUCCGAGAGGAGCUGGCAAGUUUUCUGUUUUGGAGUGAAGAUUUUCCUGAAGAGACAGAAACAGACUGCUCUACCUUUUUCAUGGAGGUUGCUCCAGAAAGUGAAAGAAGAGGCGGAAAAACAGAGAACUUUGUCUUUCCCAUGAAGCUUGCUCUUGAACGUGAGAAAGGGGAUGGAGAAAAGAAGUGCUAUAUUUUGAUGGACCCCCACUGUGAUGUUCAUGAAGAUGGGGUGAAAACAGAGGUGCCCACGGAGAGCUUUGUUCCAAAGGAGAUUGAGUUUAAAAUUGACGAAGAUGGUAUGAGUAAGGGAAUAGAAGAAGAAGGUUAUGUAUUUAUGAAAAAUGACUCCCUCAAUUUUGCUACUCACGAAGAUAGCACGGAAACAAAAAAGGAAACAGAGGGAUUGAUUUCCGUGGAGACUAAAUCAGAUGUUCAUCAAGAUGGUAAAAAGGUUGGUGAUGAUGAAUCCGAGAUCUCUGUUUCCAAAGAGUGUGAUAACUCUGAUCUCGAUCAAGAAAGUAUGGAGAGAGAAGGGGAAAUAAAAGAACCUGCUUCUGUGGAGAUUGACUCUGUUGUUCAUGAAGAAGUGAUGAAAAUCGAUGAAAAUGAAACAAGGAGUGAUCAUUUAAUGGAGAAUGUCUCCAGGGAAACAGUAUAUGACGAUGGGGAGAAAAUAAAAGAAAAUGAGGGCUCUGUUUCCAAGGAAGAAGAAUCUAAUGUUCAUGGUGACGAUACAGAGAAAGAAGAAAAUGAAGAGGAAACAGAUGGGCCUGUAUCAUUGGACACUAACUCUGUAACAACAACCACAAGUAAGUGCGAGUACUUAUCAGGAAAAGAUAUAAGUGGGUUCAUGGAGGAACCAACAACGUUAAGGUUCAGUUUUCGAGAAUUUUACAUGGGUCCAGAUGUUUUAACCGUUUCUGACAAUGCAUAUGCCAAUUCCGAAGUUAUUGUCGACAAGGAAUUUUCAGAGUUUGGUUCUGAGAAAGACCCUGUAACUCAAGCACAAUCAGAAAACUCUGUUCAAGAUCAGGUUUUAACCCCUUCCACACAUAUUCCACUUCACUUUGAGAGUGAGAUGUUUGGUGGAACCGAUUCAUCUGAUGAAGAUUAUUUUCUUUACAACGAAAACUCGCUCACUUCUGAUUCGGAGUCAGAGUCAUCAAGCUCAAGUGGUGUAAUAUGGGGCAACAGCAACAAAAUUGAUGAUUCAAUAACGUACCAGUUUCUUGGUGGUAAAAAUGGUGAUGAAGGGUUUGAACCUGAGAUUCUGAAGCUGAUGAUGAGAGAGGAAAGGGAAGAAGAUGUAGAGGCAAAGCAAUCUUCAUGUGAUGGGACGGUUUCAGAAUUUAGUGCUCAUGGCAUUUAUUCUGAAGAUGGGUAUGUGGAAAUGGAACCCUGUAUGAAGGGUUUGAAGCCCUUCAAUACACAUGAUUUUGGUGGUAAAGACUCUGCCAAAGUUGUGGUUAAAGAUAAAAAAGAAGAGGUAUUCAGGAAUGAAUUGGAUAAAAGUGAAGAAACUAGGUGGGAGGAUGAAUUGAGUGACUCAGAAUCUGAUGAGGUUGACUUUGAAUGGGAGCAUGAUGAUUUGGUGGAACAACUGAAAUUGGAAUUGAAAAAUUCAAGGCAAGGAGGACUUGCCACAAUUUUAGAAGAAGAGGAGGAGGUAGAUGAAGAGGAAGAGGAAGUGGUGGAGGAGGAGGAGGAAAGAGUAUCCCCGAGAGUGGUUGAAGAUCCAGAACCAGUGGAAAUUGACGAGAAGCUUGAGUACAAGGAUCAAAUUGAUGAAAUUCUAAAGGUUUACAAAUGCUAUGCAGAGAAGAUGAAGAAACUUGAUAUCUUGAAUUACCAGACCAUGCAUGCAUUAGGUCUCCUUCAACUAAAAGACCCUAUCAAAUUAAUUUCAAUACCAAAAUCCACAAUCCAAGGUGCAAAGCCUGUUAUCUCUCAGAACUUUUGGCCACGCAAAGCAUCAAAGAACUCUGACCCAUUGGUGAAGUUGGUGCAUGAGCUGCAUAGAGAUUUGGAAUUGGUAUAUGUUGGGCAGGUUUGCCUCUCUUGGGAAAUCCUGUGUUGGCAACACAAGAAAGCCCUUGAGUUACAACAGUAUGAUUCACAAGGGUCUCAUAGUCAUAGAUAUAAUCAUGUUGCUGGUGAGUUUCAACUUUUUCAAGUACUAGUUCAAAGAUUCAUAGAGAAUGAACCAUUUCAAGGUCCUAGGCUGCAGAACUAUGUCAAGAACCGAUGCGUAAUUCGCAACUUGCUCCAUGUUCCAGUCGUUAAAGAAGAUGGUAACGGGGAUGGGCAAGAGGGUGCUGCUAUUGGAAGUGGAAGGUUGGCAGAGAUCAUCAAGGAAUCAAUGUGGGUGUUCUGGGAAUUUGUUCGGGCAGAUAAAGAUUACGUGAAUGUUAUCUUUAAAGCUUCUCGGCACCAAAGAAUCGAUCUUAAUGACCCUAUGAUUUCUGGUCUUAUGGCGGACAUUAAAGCACAACUACAAAAAAAAGAGAGAAGGCUCAAGGACAUAGUGAGAACCGGGAAUUGCAUAGUGAAGAAGUUCCAAAGGCACCAUGAAGAUCAAUAUGAUCAUGAGCAAUUGGUCGCUCAAGUGGGAUUAAGAUUGAUUUCAAGAAUGAUGAACAUGUCCAGAUUGAAAAAAGAACAGCUAAUAUGGUGUCAUGAAAAGUUAAACAGAAUCAAGUUUUUGAGCAGGAAGAUUGUCCAGAUUAUUAGUGAUAUAAAUGAGGUGAUGGUUGAUCCGUAA